UCGUAACCGCACCCGGCACCCCGCAGCUCUCUCCCGUUCCCGUUCCCAUUCCCGGCGGCGGCGCGAGAAGAAGAGAGGAAGCGAAGCGCGAUGUCGGCGACGACGGCGGCAGUGCCCUUCUGGCGCGCGGCGGGGAUGACCUACAUCGGCUACUCCAACAUCUGCGCCGCGCUGGUGCGGAACUGCCUCAAGGAGCCCUUCAAGUCCGAGGCCGCCUCCCGCGAGAAGGUCCACUUCUCCGUCUCUAAGUGGGCGGACGGCAAGCAGGAAAAGCCCACUGUCCGCACAGAUUCUGAUGAAUAAAAGAUCUGGUGCCAUGGUGACAUAGUCCUUUUUACAGAUGCCUUGGAAGUGUUCAUGCAUUUCUUGCAAGCUGAUGUUCCUGGAACCUGCUGUUAGCUGGCUGGAUUUUAUGGUCAACGCUGAAGAAUAAAUUCUUUGUGACAAUGGGUCUUUUGAAAACGAUGUAAUGUUAUUAUGGUUGCUAAUUGCUCGAGUUACACAAACUGUCAUGUGAACUUUACGGCUUGCUUCAACUUUGUGCAAUUUGGUAUUGAUCUUUUUUUAGCAUGUGCCGUGCAACAGUAUCAUGCCUAGUUGUUCAAAUAAAGAACAGAGGGUUUGCAGCUA